UGCUCCCACGUUAUAUCACUCUGGUCUACAUAAAACGAUGCACCGGCGUCAGUUCCAUUUGCCGAGCGGGGGCCAGGCCAACUCCAGUGGAUAUUCCCGGGCCCUCGCGACUCGCAUCUCUCCGCUAGCCUUUUCGCUAGUCCAGCACAGACUGUACUGUAUAGGCCUGGCAGAACAUUCACGGAGCAAGGUAUCGACGAAUACCUAAUAAUAAAAUACAGAAACUGUAUUGGAAUUAGCCGCUCAAUUAACCUUGUGCUUGACGUCUCAAUGAACGAGGAAGGUAUGAAGAGCCCGACAAAGGAGAUCAUGCGGCGUUAUGCACACAUCUUCCGGAAGAAAACCUUCCUGGAAUUAGUCAUCCUAAGUGGAGCCGUAUGCGGGAUUGAGUUCUGCUACGCCGCAGAAACAGCAUACAUCGGCCCGAUCCUCCUCAGCUUGGGUGUGCCCAUUUGGUGCCUCACUCUGACCAUGUGCCUGAGUCCAGCCAUUGGAUUCUUCGUGACUCCAUUGUUAGGAUCUUUAAGCGACACGUGUGAAUCUACACUGGGAAGACGACGACCCUUCAUAAUCCUGUUGUCCUUCGGGAUGCUCGUCGGCUUGGUGUUGAUUCCCAACGGAAAAGACAUUGGCGUCGUGAUGGGGGAUUCAGCCUUUGUCAACCACAGCAUGACGAACGUUACGCCUAGAAUCCUCGUCCCGCGUUAUGUCUCUGCAUCUGAAGAGAAGCCAACAUGGGGUAUCUUUUUUACGAUAAUUGGUUUCGUCUUUCUCGACAUGUGCUCGGACUCCUGCCAAUCGCCUUCGAGGACAUAUGUGCUCGAAGUUACCACCAGCGAUGACCAAACGAGAGCUCUCACUACGUUUACGGUUAUGUCCGGUCUCGGAGGUACCUUGGGGUACAUCAUGGGCGGCAUCAAAUGGGAAAGUACGUCUCUUGGGAAUUUGCUCGGAGGACAUAUCCGAACUGUCUUUGCGAUAGUAACUGUGCUGUUCAUUAUCUGCACUGCUGCAACGUUGACGAGCUUCGAGGAGAUGCCGCUAGAGGCUUCUAGAUUGGCGCUCCCCUUCAUAAGCCCCGAUGCGAAAGUCGGGAAGUAUACGAGGUUCGUAGAUGACGAAGAGGAGGGACAACUAAUAGAAAUGCAGAAGUACGGCACGGUCGACAUGAUGCGUCGCGGUGUUUUACAAGAAGUUGCCAAAGAGAUAACAGAAGCUCACCAAAGUCCUAGUCGAACAGAAAUGACGGCCGUCGGUGUUAGCCUCAUGAACGAAAGCGUCGCCGCGGGAGAUACAAAAGGACUGACGGAUUACUUGAAAUCGAUACUAUAUAUGCCGCAUUCCUUACGCAUUCUGUGCUUGACCAACUACUUCUGCUGGAUGUCCUUGGUAAGUUACUCCCUGUACUUCACGGAGUUCGUCGGGGCAGCUGUCUUUAAUGGAGACCCAGUGGCACCAAAAGGGUCGGACGCGUUCCAGAGGUACCAAGAUGGCGUUCGCUUCGGUUGUUUCGGGCUGUCCACGGAUACCCUUGCCUGCUCGGUGUAUUCCCUCGUCAUUGAAAAGCUAGUUGGAAGGUUCGGGGCAAAGCCCGUGUACAUUGCCGGACAGCUGGUGUAUAGCGUUGGCAUGAUCCUGAUGGCAAUGUUGCGCAGCAAGGCUGCAGUGCUGUUGCUUUCUCCGACUACGGGAGUUAUGUACGCGACCCUCUUCACCAUGCCUUACAUCCUCGUCGCCCACUAUCACAGCAGUCAAAUGGUGGAGCAUGCAGGUCACGGUGGUGACUGGUCGCAACGGGGCCUCGGAACGGACAUCGCCAUAGUGAGCAGCAUGAUGUUCCCAGCCCAACUAAGCCUAUCGUUGGGCAUGGGACCUUUAGUCCAGUGGGCGGGCUCUCCCGUGGCCAUUGUAGCAGCAGCGGCGGUCCUCAGCACCUUCGGCGCCGUUUGCGCUACCAGGGUCACGUACUUACGCCUGUGACAAGCAGUGUUCUUUCGAAGUUACUGUAAAACGUCAUCACAUUUGGGCAAAGAUGCCGGUUGAGCAUCUCCACCAGCGCCACUUCUCGUGUCGCACGGCUAGUCCCGAUCGACUUCUCAAGCCUGUGUCUCAAGCUACAACGAGGAAAUAUUCCGUAUUGCGCGGAAACUGCGUAGCAUCCACAUGAUACACAACCGGUGUCUGUGGAGCGGCUAAUGGCAACGCGUGUUUUCGUGUGACUGCUAUCAGAACGACAUCUCACACGCGUUCGACUCAGAGAGGUCCCUCUUCGCAGCCAGUCCUUCAAAAGUAAGACCCCACUUCCGUUGUGAUCCAAGGGAAUUAUUUAUGUCAUAGCAAUGGUAACGUACAGGUAUUGCGGAAUUUCCCAACUGACGUCUGAUUAUCUAAACAACCUCGCGAAGGAUAUCGACUGCGCCUGCUGUUUAUUCCCUCAAGUUCGAGAAGUGAUGGAAUGUGGAAGGACACUCUGGGCUUCACCCCCUACAAGCAACGAGCGUGUUUUAAAGCUGGGAGGCUAGAGUGAAAUGCCAUGCAAAUGUGAGAGACCCUUUAGC